GUAUUUGCACCUGAAGAGCUGAAACUGAAAGCCUCUGCGUCCGCUUAAAGACUAAAUCGAUCCAGUUUAGACCUCUCGAGUGCACCGUCGAGAUAAUGGCGGAGGAAUACGACCUCGUUACGCUGGGCGCUGGCUCAGGCGGCGUACGCGCCUCCCGCUUCGCUGCCACCCUCUACGGCGCCAAGGUGGCGUGCGUUGAGCUGCCGUUUGGCUUCGUGUCCAGCGAGACGGUUGGCGGCGCCGGCGGCACCUGCGUCAUUCGCGGCUGUGUGCCCAAGAAGCUCCUGGUGUAUGGCGCCGCCUAUGCGGAGGAGUUUGCGGACGCACGCGGCUUCGGCUGGGCGCUGCCGGCGGCUGGCGCCGGUGCGGAGGGCGGCCCCGCGCACGACUGGGCCUCACUCAUGAAGCUCAAGGAGAAGGAGAUCACGAGGCUCAACAGCACGUACGGCAACAUCCUCAAAAACGCCAACGUGGCGCUCAUUGAGGGCCGCGGUGCGCUCAAGGACGCCCACACGGUGGAGGUGACGGCGGCGGACGGCUCCGUGCGGUUGCUCAAGGCCAAGCACGUCCUCAUCGCCACGGGCGGUGUGGCCACCGCCAUCCCCAUGGAGGGCGCGGAGCACGCCAUCAUGUCGGACGACGCGCUGGCGCUGCAGUCGCUGCCGCCCGGACCCAUCGUGGUGCUGGGGGCGGGCUACAUCGCCACCGAGUUCGCGGGCAUCUUCCGCGGCACGCACGCCGCCCAGUACGCCGUGCACCUCAUGUUCCGUGGGGACAAGGUGCUGCGCGGGUUCGACGAGGAGUGCCGUGACCAGGUGCAGGACAACCUCACCCGCCGCGGCAUCCACCUGCACCCCGGCUGCAAGCCCACCAAGCUGGAGAAGCACGGCGAGGGCGACCUCACGCUGCACUACACGGACGGCACCGGCGCGGCGCAGUCGCUCAAGUGCGGGCUGGUCAUGAUGGCCACAGGCCGCAAGCCGCGUGUGGACGGCAUCGGGCUGGAGGCUGUGGGUGUGGCGCUGGACGGUCAGGGUGCCAUCAAGGUGGAUGAGUUCAGCCGCACCAACGUGCCGGACGUGUGGGCGAUUGGCGACGUGACCAACCGCAUCAACCUGACGCCAGUGGCGCUGAUGGAGGGCAUGGCCUUCGCCAAGUCGUGCUUCGGCGGCGAGCUGACCAAGCCCGACUAUCGCAACGUGGCCUCGGCCGUGUUCUGCCAGCCGCCCCUGGCCACUGUGGGUUACACGGAGGAGCAGGCGGUAAAGGAGUUCGCGGGCAACAUCGACGUCUACGUCAGCCGGUUCCGGCCGAUGAAGUACACGAUCAGCGGGCGCGAGGAGAAGACGCUCAUGAAGCUGAUCGUGCACGCCGAGAGCGACGUCGUGCUGGGCUGCCACAUGGUGGGCCCCGACGCGCCCGAGAUCAUGCAGGGCCUGGCUGUGGCUCUCAAGUGCGGCGCCACCAAGGCCCAGUUCGACUCCACGGUGGGCAUCCACCCCACGGCGGCGGAGGAGUUCGUGACCAUGCGCAGCCGCAGCCGCCGCGUGCCCGCCACCGGCACCAGCAAGCUGUGAGGCAGGAGGGGAGGCAGGAGGCGGCGGCGCAAGGCACGCGGAGCUGCGCGGCUGCUGGUUGGGCGUUGGGCUGUGUAAGGGUGAGCGCGUGGACGAACGUAUGGUUGGGGGUGUGAGCUGAGCACAUGCGGUGGGUUGAGGCUAGGCAUCAAAAGCCAGCGGGCCGACUCCAUGUACGGUAUGUUGUCGGAGAUUAGCAUGGGGCUUCCUUGCAUGGCAUGGCGUGGCAUGGCGGUUUCGUUGCAUGGGGGGCCGCUGUGGUGAAGAAAUCAAAGCGCUGUGAGCGAGUGACGGGGGCAUAUGCAAGCCCAGGCGAGGAGCUAAGGACCACAUGACACGCACAAGCACGGUAUGCCGUGCAUUUUGGGUUGGGCGGCCGACUGCGGCAGGCUUGAAGACAGGAUUGUGCACCCGUGCUUGAAGUGGACUCACGUUGAUGCUACACGGUGUUGAGGCUGUGCACGGCCUACUGUUACAUACAGUGG